AUAACGCAUUUUGACAGAUAGUCCGCCUCGGUUUGGCAAGUGGGAAAGAAGAUGGCGGCGAUCAAACUUCUAACACUUGCCUUGGCCGUACACGGAACCUUCGCAGUAGAUUUUACUGUGUGUGGCUUUGUUUAUCGUGAUGGCGUCUGUCGUGAAGGCGGAUGUCCAAGCGGAACUGUACAACAGAGCGAUACUUUUUUCAAUUAUGCAGCUUGCCAAACUGGAUUCAAAUGUUGCACUGGAACACCGACCGCCACUUGUGAGAACGAGGGGAACUGUGGCGUCUGGGGCGCAACUGCUCGACUUGCCUUUUCCAAGGAUGACAAACCAAAGCAAGCCCCAUGGCAAGCAUCCCUUCGACGCAUGAAUGGACAAAAUCUUCCCAAGACCCUGGCUAACUCACUUCAUAAUGCUGGCGGAGUUCUUAUACAGAAGAACUGGGUUCUAUCAGAUUGUGCAGCAGUUAUGAGUGUUGGAAGACGAGACACGGAUGAAACAUAUCAGGAUCGAAUGAUUGUUGUUUUGGGCGAUUACAACAUCUCCAUCCCUGAAGUGUACAAUAACGUUCCGCAGGAACAAGUCCGUCAAGUGAAGAACGUGUAUUUCCACCCCUCAUUCAAAUACAACACAACGUCAACCUUCAACGACGUCUUGGUGGACUACAGCAACACCAACGCUCAAGAGCCGUUUCAAGCUAACGCUUUCUGUAUGAUUGAGUUAACUGAGCCAGUCGAGUACAAUGAUUGGGUAAGGCCAAUAUGUCUACCUAAACCAGAUAUUUGCAGCGAGAGCCAGUCCUGCCGAGUCACUGGAUGGGGAAUAACGGAAGACGAAACCCUCAAGGACGUCCUUCAAGUCGCCUAUCUGACUUCAUUCAGCAAACCUGCAUGUGAAGCUAUUGAUUAUUAUAGUACUGGAAACAACGCAUCACUCCCGAGCAACACCAAGUGUGCCCAAAACGUAGCAUCUACAUAUGCAUGUGUGGGUGACUUCGGUGGACCAUUUGCCUGCGAUGACUCCGCCAACAAUUACAGAACGACUCUGCAAGGUGUGAUGACAACCCGCAUCCCGUGCCAGGGCAGUACCACGCUUGUAUCGGACGUUCCUCUGGUAGUAAACUGGGUUUGGCAGACAUGCACCAAUGCCUUGUAAACACAGAGCACCUCCACGGUCUAAGGCAUCUUCAAAGUCUUUCAGUGGGACAAAGGACAGAUCGUAAUUGAGAUCAAUGACGAAAAUAUCAUUGUUAACAUUGAACUUCUACCCAUAAAUUGUUUUCAUUGAAUUUGUUUCUUUUGUAUACUUUUCAAGAAAUAUAUCCAAACAAUUUAUUUUGUGGAUUAUCAAAUUAUUAGUGGUGUGUAUUACCUUUUCAAGUACAAUUAAAAGUAAGAAGUCAUGAUCAGAAGGUAAGAGUCCUCAAAAAGCAGAUGUAAAAUACUAAGUAUGUAUCAGUUUUUCGUAAAUUAAACCAAAUGACGUUUUUGAAAA